GAUAUCUAAAAUUUUGUCAGUAGACACUGCAAGAGUGUCUAGGACGGUAUUGUAGGUCAUUAAUUGAAAAACGUUUAUCAGUGAACAGAACUAAAACGAGGGCGUGUGUGUUAAAGGUGUUAUUUUCUGUGUGCUCGCUACAUCACCAAAAAUAAAAUGUCUUAUAACUUCAACAAUUAUACAGUACUUAGGCCUGAAGCGCGACUUUCGCCUGAAACACGGUAUCUGGGGUGGAAUGUAGCUCCCGAGGAUUUGCCUCACAUUCCAGAACAUUGGCUAAAAUAUCCCGAGCCUGAAUCGUCACUUCACUAUCUGUUGGGUUUGCUGUAUAUUGCUUUUACAAUAUUCUCUUUGGUUGGAAAUGGAUUGGUUAUAUGGAUUUUCUCAUCUGCUAAAUCCCUAAGAACACCGUCAAAUGUUUUUGUCGUAAAUUUAGCCAUAUUUGACUUCAUAAUGAUGCUCAAAACUCCCAUCUUUAUUUAUAAUUCCUUUACAAAGGGAUUUACAUCUGGUUUUCUGGGUUGUCAAAUCUUUGCAUUCAUGGGCGCCAUUUCUGGUAUCGGGGCUAGUGCAACGAACGCAUGUAUCGCCUACGACAGGUACAACACAAUUGCGCGUCCUUUCGAAGGUAGACUAACACACACAAAGGCAAUUUUCGUUACUUGCCUGGUUUGGGCUUAUGUAAUUCCUUGGUCAACUUUACCACUACUGGAAAUUUGGGGUCGUUACGUACCGGAGGGCUAUCUCACAUCAUGUACAUUUGAUUACCUCACCAAUACCUUUGACACACGUAUGUUCGUAGGCACGAUUUUCACGUUCAGUUACGUUCUUCCAAUGAGCCUGAUCAUUUAUUACUAUAGCCAGAUUGUAUCCCAUGUAGUGAACCAUGAGAAAGCACUACGUGAACAGGCCAAAAAAAUGAAUGUUGAUUCACUGCGAUCUAAUCAAAGUCAAGCUAACACAACCGUUGAAGUACGGAUUGCCAAAGCUGCGAUUACGGUGUGCUUCCUAUUCGUUGCAUCUUGGACCCCAUAUGCAGUGUUGGCAUUAAUCGGAGCAUUCGGAAAUCAAAGUUUGCUUACACCUGGAGUAACCAUGUUUCCAGCAUGUGCUUGUAAAUUUGUUGCCUGCCUGGACCCUUACGUGUAUGCAAUAAGUCACCCACGGUAUAGAGUGGAGCUUCAAAAGCGCCUACCAUGGUUAGCUAUCACCGAAACUCUACCCUCUGACACCGCUUCGACGACUACAGAAGCCGCCUCAACCAACACUGCUACGUAAAUCAGUGUUAAUAGUGUUUCAAAAAUUAUUUUCACAAACGAAUUGAUCCAAUAUAUCUCGACUAACGCAGGAACAAUGGACAAGAUAACUGGUAAUUAGUCUGCGCUGAGCUCUGCUAACCGUGAAAGAAAAAAAAUAUAGAGUAUUAUAUUACGGCCAAAGCAACGCUGUUACAAAUCUAUGCGAAAAGAAUAAAACAUACAGUACAAUUCGAAAUUAUUUGAGAAUGAUUUAUGUGCGAUGUAAGCAAUGAUAAGCGCAGUGCUAAAUAUAAUAUAAAUAUAUUUUGUUUUGGCAAUUAACAUGA